GUGGCCCUAAUAGCCGCUAGUUUGCUACCCAAGCAGAGCCAGAUACACAGCGGCAGCCAAACAGGGUGUGAUCAAAGUGAGUCGGCAGUUAUUUUAUGGAAUUGUAGAAACCCAUAUUUACAUUCUUUCAUUGUGUCUGCGAAAACAUAUACCUAGUUAGUUUUUCUAACGGAAGUUCCUUGUCAACCUAUAGAGGGGUUUUCGAAGAGCAUUGUUUUGGUCAUGACCCAGUGUGACAUGUACUGUGAAAUGCAUGUUCAAGUUUUAUUAGUCGUAUGUACAGGACACAUGGUAUACACCGACCAACGAAAUGCUUACCGAGAAAGACAUUUUGCAGUCAUACUGUGAAUUUGAAAGCAGCAGCUACAUCCUCAGGCUUGACUGCGCUGUGUUGUGGUUGUCAUGCAUUCAAUAGGAUUUCUUGUGCUCCUACAGAUACAUUAAAUAUUUUAACUUUAUUUAUGGAAAUCAAUUCCAGGAACAAUGCUCAUUAUUCUUCUGUGUUAUUAGUAUGUGUAGGUGAUUUUACUUCCUAAAUUAGUGGUGGUAACACGGACUAAUAUAUGUCGAUCAAAUUUGUUGUAGACCUAAUGAAGGUAAUCUAGGCAACUCCAUCCACCCAUUACCCGAGAUUGAAGUUUUGGAAGUAGCCUUAUUAUUGAUUUUUACCAGCACCAUCAGUGCUCAAUCAGACACAUAAUAAGACUAAUGUCCACUACAAAGGCUGAGAUCCAUAAGGCCUAGGGGGGGCAAUUCCACAGUAACAGAAUGAUACUGAGACUAAGAUUCUUCACUUUAAAAUGUAUGUCAAACAAAAACCAAUCAUUGCAAAGUUAAACAAACUGUACAACUCUAUGCACAAGGUCUACUUUGAACCAUUUCCACAAACCGUCCUUCGGUUACCAAACUUUGCAUCUGCAUUGUUCUAAAUCUGUUUUUCUAAAAUGUUCAGUGGACAUUGUUAAAAUUAGUCCUUGUGCAUAGAGUUGUAUGCUUUUUUUUUUUAACCUUCAAUGUUUUUUGUUUUUAUACAUACAUUUUAAUGUGAGAGAUCUGUAUCAUUCUGAUACCAUGGAAUUGCCCUAGUCAUUGAUUGCAUGGACGCUAUGUAACGAUAAAAAGAUCACAAGACCCCUUUCCCUAAAGUUAUCAGUUGCAGCAAUAGUGGAACUGUUGAGGCACAGAAUUAUCAAACCGCAAGUGUGUAAAGCCAGGCAUUUUUUUCCUCCGUAGCAGUGCUAUUAUAUUAGCUGUCACUAACCAGGUUUCCAUCCAACCUUUUUGUACAAGUAAAGUACAUUUUGGAUAAAAUAAUGUCACGACAGGCUUGAUGGAAACAGCCAAUUUUCUGGUAAACUUUCCAAAUGUCGCCAAAACAAAAUAUUCUAGGCAAAGGAUAUUUUUGUGUCAGUAAAAUUAAUUAUGCAAGAAGUGGCAGGCGCAUCACUUUUAUUAGCAAAUAUUGAUAUAAUAACUGUCAUAUGAAAGUAAAUGAUAUUGCGUGACUCCAAUAUUGUGGACCCCAGGAAGAGUAGCUGCUGCUUUUGCAACAGCUAAUGGGGAUUCUAAUAAAAUAAAUAUUAUGUGGUCCUCCCACUACGACUCGGCGAAAGCAUGUAGUUUAUUAGGCUACAGAUUAUGAACUUCACAGGGUGGUGAAAGUGCUGUGCACUGUAAUGAGCUUGAUGCUCCUUUCUAAUCAAUAUCGAGGGUCUUUUCUGGUGACAUGAUGAUCGAUGGUUGGGUGCCGUUUGAUAAAUACAAAUGAUCUCGCUCUUUUGUCCAUAAUAAUCUCAUCAUGUAGGUAGCCUACCCGCAUUGUAUCUGCCAGCUGUUUGCUAGAGCACACGUGCCAAGACCAGAGUGGGCACAUUCACUAUAUAACGCAAUUUUGUUUUUGACAAAACCAUCAGAGUUGAAAAUGCGAUGGAAACCCAUAACUCGUUUAAAAAAAAAAAAUGGAUACAUGGGAAUUUAACCUCAAGCAUUUUUUUAAAUGCAGAUUUCAGAAUAUUUUCACCAGGCUCCUGGUGUGACAACUGUUCCUUUCAGACAAAUACGAUUCAAAGAUGUAAGAUUUGACUCUUAAAAAAAAUAAAAAAAAUAAAAAAGAUUCCCAUUACUAUUGCAUAAUUCUGUGUUAACUGCAACUGCCACAGGUAUCUUAAUCUUGUGCAGAACUUCAAUGAUUUAGUGUUAUUGCGCAGUCACAUGAGAGCAGGUUACACAGUCACCCAAUGUCCAGAGAGGCUCUGCGUAGUCAGCACUGUUCACUCACUGCUUGGAAACCAUACGAGGCCUCACAGGUCGUGUAACCCCACCCCACCACUGUGAGGUGUCCGUACAAUCCUUUUGCAGCUCUGUCUUGUUGAGUGUGUGUAUACCAUCCAUUGGCAAGCUAAGGAACAAUUUUCUUCAAAACCAAAAGUCCAACUACUUUUCUCUAUAGUUCGUCCUGGUCCGAGGUGGCUUAUAACUCUGCAGUAAUUGAGCCACAGGAAGAGCUGGGUAGGGCUGUCACAUGACCACAUCCUGGAAUCUGGCCCUUCUCUUAAUACUCCUCAUCACGGUAACAGAAUUAAACUGCAUGGCCUUUGAGUUGAGAGGAGUGCAGGUUACGUGGUCACACCGAUGCCCAUCGCUAUUAUAAAAUUCCAUCCGUCCUGGCUGGAUUAAAUUCAUUAUGUGGAAGGGUUUGAUGCAUAAAAAAAUCAUGUGCUCUGAUUCAGAGCUGUUUCUUUUAGUUUAGAUGGCUCUAGCACUGGUUCUCGUUCAGAGGAAGAUUGAUGACUAACUUCUGGAUUAGUCAGCUAGCUCCUGUCUGGUUUGCUAUAGGCUGUGUCAGUGGUCCGACAUGGAGAGGGAGGAAAAGAAAAGUCCGUUAUUUCCAGGAGGAUCUGAGCAGAGUGCUGAUAAAGGUUCCCCCUGUGACACUGACAGUGCAGUGGCCAGCAGAGAGAGGUCUUGCCAGAAGAUGAAUGUCAUCAAAGACAACAGAGACCUGGCCUGUUUCUACACCACCAAACACUCCUGGAGGGGAAAGUACAAACGAGUCUUCUCCGUGGGCACUCAUGGCAUUACCACGUACAACCCCACCACGCUCGAAGUCACAAACCAGUGGCCGUACGGGGACAUCUGUGGCAUCACCCCGGUGGGAAAGGGCCAGGGCACCGAGUUCAACCUCACAUUCCGCAAGGGCAGUGGCAAAAAGUCUGAAACGCUCAAGUUCUCCACAGAGCACCGGACAGAGCUGCUCACAGAGGCACUGAGAUUCAGGACAGACUUCUCUGAGGGAAAGAUAACUGGCAGGCGCUACAACUGUUACAAGCACCACUGGAGCGACACACGGAAGUCGGUGAGCCUGGAGGUGACCCCGGGGGGCAUCGACCAGAUCGAUCCCCAGACCAACCGGGUGGUGUGCUCCUACGACUACCGUUCCGUGGAGGGCUUCGCAGAGGUCAACGACUACCAGGGGGGCUUCUGCAUCCUCUAUGGGGGCUUCAGCCGCCUGCACCUGUUUGCGUCAGAGCACCGGGACGAGAUCAUCAAAAGCGCCAUUGAGCACGCGGGCAACUUCAUCGGCAUCACGCUGCGGCUGCGUAAGGACCCUCUGACCUUUGAGGACUUUGUGACGGACCGACUCGGGAAGUACGGCUCAGACGAGUCCAUCACCUCCCUGGCUGAGUUUGUGGUGCAGAAGAUCUCCCCACGCCACUCGGAGCCCGUCAAGAGGAUCCUGUGCCUGACAGAGACAUGUCUGGUGGAGAGAGAUCCAGCUUCCUACAACAUAGUCACCAUCAAGCCCUUUGGAGAGGUGUUUGCUCUCAUCUGCGAUGUGGAGAACCCCCAGGUGUUCACCAUAGAGUUCAUCAGAGGCCAGAUCAGGAAGUACUGCUCCACAGACAGGGACUCCCUGAUGGCCAGCCUGCUGGACGGGGUGCGUGCGUCGGGUAACAGGGACGUGUGUGUGAAGAUGGCCCCCACCCAGCGGGGCCAGCGCUGGGGCCUACUGAGCAUGCCUGUGGAUGAGGAAGUGGAGAGCCUGCACCUCAAAUUUCUGGCAACACCCCCUAAUGGAAACUUUGCAGACGCGGUGUUCAGAUUCAACGCUAACGUAUCUUACAGUGGUGUGCUGCACGCCGUCACCCAAGAUGGUCUGUUUUCGGAGAACAAGGAGAAGCUGAUAAGCAAUGCUGUCUUGGCCCUGCUGUCACAGGAGUGUGAGCUGCCGGGCCCCAACGCCGAGCUGGAGAGCCACUUCCAGGCACUCCGACGCCUAGUGGCCUCCAAGGCCGGCUUCCAGGCAUUCACACAGCUUCCCAAGUCUGGUCAAGGGUCUGGAUUCACAGAUGGAACGUUCCGGGAGAAGUUGGGGGUGAAGACGGUGAAAGCUCUGAAGAGGAACAACAACGGAGUGACACAUGCCGCCAUAGACAUGCUUUGUGCUCUUAUGUGUCCGAUGCACGAUGACUAUGACCUGCGACAGGAGCAACUGAACAAGGCCUCCCUGAUGUCCUCCAAGAAGUUCCUGGAGAACCUUCUGGAGAAGUUCGUCAGCAACGUGGACCACGGCACGGGGGCGCUGGUGAUCAGCUCGCUGCUGGACUUCCUGACCUUUGCCCUGUGCGCCCCCUACAGCGAGACCAGCGAGGGACAGCAGUUUGACAUGCUGCUGGAGAUGGUGGCCUCCAACGGACGCACCCUCUUCAAACUCUUCCAGCACCCCUCUAUGGCCAUUGUGAAGGGAGCAGGUCUGGUGAUGAAGGCCAUCAUUGAGGAGGGGGAUAAGGAGAUAGCCACUAAGAUGCAGGAACUGGCUCUGAGUGAGGGAGCCCUGCCCAGACACCUGCACACCUCCAUGUUCACCAUCAGCUCAGACCAGAGGAUGCUCACCAACAGGCAGCUGAGUCGUCACCUGGUGGGCUUGUGGACAGCAGAGAACCCCAUCGCCAUGAGCCUCCUCAAGAGAAUACUGCCGACGGGGCUGCUGGCGUACCUGGACAGCCCUGAUGCCGUCCCGGAGAAAGACGUGGACAGGAUGCACAUCCGGGACAAUGUCAAAAUCGCCACGGACCAAUUUGGUCAGCAAAAGGUGCCCGACUGGCAGCGGGUGGCGGGAAAGGCAGCCAAAGAGGUGGAGAAGUUUGCCAAGGAGAAGGCCGACAUCGUGCUAAUGCACUGGAGGGACAAAAUGGGUAUCGCCCAGAAGGAGCAGGACAGAAAUAACCUGAACCCCAACCAAAAACCUGUCAUUCUGAGGAAAAGGAGACAGAGGAUCAAGAUCGAAGCCAACUGGGAGCUCUUCUACUACAGGUUCCAGUUGGAUCACGCGCGGUCCAACCUCAUCUGGAACCUGAAGACACGGGAGGAACUGCGGGACGCUCUGGAGGGAGAGAUGAGGGCCUUUGGCGUGGACCGCGAGCUGGGCAACGCUAGCGUCAUCUCCUGGAACCACCAGGAGUUUGAGGUGAGGUACGAGUGUCUUUCGGAUGAGAUUAAGAUUGGUGAUUAUUACCUGCGCCUGUUGCUGGAAGAGGAUGAGACUGAUGAGUCUGGGGCCAUCAAGAGAUCGUACGAGUUCUUCAAUGAGCUCUACCACCGUUUCCUGCUCACCCCCAAAGUCUCCAUGAAGUGCCUGUGCCUGCAGGCUCUCACCGUCGUCUAUGGGAAGUGCUGCGAGGAGAUUGGCCCCUUUACCGACACCAAGUACAUCGUUGGCAUGCUGGACCGGGCUACAGACAAACUGGAAAGAGACAGACUGAUCCUUUUCCUUAACAAACUCAUCCUCAACAAGAAAAAUGUGAAGGAGUUGAUGGACUCCAAUGGAGUCCGCAUCCUAGUGGACCUGCUCACCCUGGCCCACCUACACACCAGCCGAGCCACCGUUCCACUACAGAGCAACGUGAUCGAGGCCGGGGCGGACAUGAAGAGGGAGAGCGAGAAGGAGUGGUACUUUGGGAACGCAGACAAAGAGAGGAGGGGCCCCUUCAGCUUUGAAGAGAUGCAGGAGUUCUGGAGCAAUGGAGUGCUGACGGCCAAGACGAGGUGCUGGGCCCAGGGCAUGGACGGCUGGCGCCCCCUGCAGGCCAUCCCGCAGCUCAAGUGGUGCCUGCUGGCCAGCGGGCAGGCGGUGAUGAAUGAGACGGACCUGGCCACGCUCAUCCUCAACAUGCUCAUCACCAUGUGCUCCUACUACCCCAGCAGGGACCAGGACAAUGCCAUUAUUCGUCCCUUACCCAAGAUCAAGAGAAUGGUCAGCGAUAACACCUGCCUCCCUCACAUUGUCCAGCUGCUGCUGACCUUUGACCCCAUCCUGGUGGAGAAGGUGGCCAACGUGCUGUACCUGGUGAUGCAGGACAACCCCAACCUGCAGCGCCUCUACCUCACCGGCAUCUUCUUCUUCAUUAUGAUGUACACCGGCUCCAACGUGCUGCCAGUGGCCAGGUUCCUGAAGUACUGUCACCUGAAGCAGGCCUUCAAGUCAGAGGAGGCCAAAGGUACAGACAUCGUGCAGCGCAGUGUGCUGGGGCCGGUGAUGCCUGAGGCCAUGGUGUGUUACCUGGAGAACUACGAGGCAGAACGCUUCUCCGAGAUCUUCCUGGGAGAGUUUGACACGCCAGAGGCCAUCUGGAGCAGCGAGAUGAGGCGGAUGAUGAUUGAGAAAAUCGCGACCCACCUGGCUGACUUCAGCCCACGGCUGUACAGCAACACACGAGCCCUCUACCAGUACUGCCCCAUCCCUGUAGUCAGCUUCCCCCAGCUGGAGAACGAGCUCUUCUGUAACAUCUACUACCUCCGCCACCUGUGUGACGCCAACCGCUUCCCCAACUGGCCCAUCCGAGAGCCCGUGAAGCUGCUGAAGGACACCCUGGAGGCCUGGAAGAGGGAGGUGGAGAAGAAGCCUCCCUCCAUGUCUGUGGACGACGCCUACGAAGUCCUCAACCUGCCCAAGGGACAGGGACAACACGAGGAGAGUAAGAUCAGGAAGGCCUACUUCAGACUGGCCCAGAAGUACCACCCGGACAAGAACCCAGAGGGCAGGGAUAUGUUUGAGAAGGUCAACAAGGCCUAUGAAUUCCUGUGCACCAAGUCGUCCCGCAUCAUCGACGGCCCCGACCCCGAGAACAUCAUCCUCAUCCUCAAAGCCCAGAGCAUCCUCUUCAACAGACACAAACAAGAACUGGAACCCUACAAGUACGCCGGCUACCCCAUGCUCAUCAAGACCAUCACCAUGGAGACGGGUGAUGAGCAGCUGUUCUCCAAGACAUCCCCCCUGCUCCCGGCUGCAAUCGAGCUGGCCUUCCACACGGUCAACUGCUCCGCCCUAAACGCUGAGGAACUACGCAGAGAAAGUGGCAUCGAGAUUCUGUUGGACGCGCUGUCCCGGUGUGUCGCUGUUUUAACCGCUUCCAGCAAGUCUGAUGACAUGGCUGUUCAAGUGUGCGGCCAGGUGUGUAAGUGCUACAGUGUCGCGGCUCAGUUUGAGGAGUGCCGGGAAAAGAUCAUCGAGCUCCCCAACAUCAUCAGGGACCUCUGUCACGUGCUCUACUAUGGGAAGGGUCUCCCGCGGACAGCGGCGCUGGCCGUGCAGUGCGUCAGCUCCUUCGCCGUGGAUUACUUCCUGCAGACGCACCUGUACCACGCCGGCGUGCUCUGGCACCUCCUGGUGCACCUGUUCAACUACGACUACACGCUGGAGGAGAGCGGCGUGGCCACCAGCCAGGACACCAACCAGCAGGAGGUGGCCAACAGCCUGGCCAAGCUUAGCCUAGUGGCCCUUAGCCGUCUGGGGGGCUACGCCCCACCCACCGGAGAGGGAGGUGUAGUGGAGACUAACGGGGUGGAGGGGCAACCCCCGGAGAACCCGACCAUUCGUAAGAGCCUGGCAGCCAUGCUCACACCCUAUAUUUCGAGGAGGUUAGGGUCGGCGGUACCGGCUGAGGUGUUGAAGCUGCUGAACAGUAACUCUGAGAACCCCUACCUUAUCUGGAACAACGGGACCCGGGCCGAGCUGCUGGAGUUCCUGGAAGCCCAGCAGGAAGCCAACAUCAGGAGGGGGGAGAACGAUAAGAGCUUUGGCUCAGAGUUUGUGUUCAGCGACCACGGUAAAGAGCUGAUCGUGGGUGAGAUCUUUGUCAGGGUCUACAAUGAGCAGCCUACCUAUCCUCUGGAGUACCCCAAGGCGUUUGCAGCCAGCCUGCUGGACUACGUGGGCUCCCAGGCCCAGUACCUCACCACCCUGCUGGCCAUGUCCCAGAGCAACAAGGUGGAGUCCCAGCAGCACGCCGAGAGGCUCCGCUGGGCCGAGAUGGCCCUGGAGGCCCUCCGCAACGUCAUCAAGAACAACCCAGGUUCGGAGACUGAGUGCAUCGGCCAUUUCAAGCUGCUGUUCUCCUUGUUACGGGUUCACGGGGCUGGGAAGGUACAGCAGCUAGCUCUGGAGGUUGUGAACACGGUCACCUCCAACCAGGACUGUGUGGCUAACAUCGCUGAGUCCCUGGUGCUGUCCAACCUACUGGUGCUACUGCACUCUCUGCCCUCCAGCCGGCAGCUUGUACUGGAAACUUUAUACGCCUUGACCUCCAACACCAAGAUAGUCAAAGAAGCUAUGACUAAGGGUGCGUUGAUCUACCUGCUGGACCUCUUCUGUAACUCCACCCACCCCCAGGUGCGCUCCCAGACGGCCGAGCUCUUCUCCAAAAUGACCUCUGACAAGCUGGUGGGGCCCAAGGUGCGGCUGACUCUGAUGCGUUUCCUGCCGGGUGUGUUCAUGGACGCCAUGCGGGACAACGCGGAGGCGGCAGUGCACAUCUUCGAGGGGACGCACGAGAACCCCGAGCUCAUCUGGAACGACGGCUCCCGGGAGACUGUCUCCACCACCGUCCGUGAGAUGAUGCUCGAGCACUUCAAACAGCAAAAGGAUAAUCCUGAUGUCAACUGGAGACUGCCAGAGGAGUUCACGGUGGCGUAUGGGGCGGGGCAGGGUGAGCUGGCGGUGGGCGGAGUCUUCCUGCGUAUCUUCAUCGCUCAGCCAGGCUGGGUGCUGCGCAAACCCAGGGAGUUCCUUGUGUCCCUCCUGGAGACCCUUACUGAGCUGUACGAGAAAAACAACCCCAAUGGUGAGGCCCUGGAGACGGUUACCACGGCAGCAGUGUGUUUGUUCAGCACACAGACCCAGCUGUGUGACCAGGUCCCUCCCCUGGGCCACCUGCCUCGCAUCCUGUCUGCACUGACCCACAAGAACAACGCCGUGCCCAAGAGCUCCAUCCGCCUCAUCCACGUGCUGUCGGACAAUGAGCAAUGUGUGCGCUCCAUGGCCUCUCUGGAGACCAUCGGUCCUCUGAUGAGCGGGAUGAAGAUGAGGGCAGACAUGGCAGGACUGGCCUGCGAGGCGCUCAACCGCAUGUUCCAGAGAGAGCAGACUGACCUGGUGGCUCAGGCCCUACGAGUGGAUUUGGUGCCGUACCUUCUGCGGCUACUGGAAGGGAUCGGGCUGGAGACCUUAGACAACCCCUCGGCCACCAAGGCUCAGAUCGUCAAGGCUCUCAAGUCCAUGACACGCAGUCUGCAGUAUGGCGAACAGGUGAAUGAAAUCUUGGCUCGGUCCACUGUGUGGAGUGCCUUCAAAGACCAGAAACAUGACCUAUUCAUCUCCGAGUCCCAGACCGCAGGGUACCUCACAGGUCCAGGUGUAGCAGGCUACCUUACAGCAGGGACCGGCUCCACAGUGCUGCCCAGCGUUCCGCCUCCUGUGGACAAUGACAUUGGAGACUCAGGCUGAUUUGACUGACUGACAGACAGAGGGAGAGAAGUGCUCAGGCAUCCAGACUACCCUGUGGCUCACAGGCUGCAGCUCAGAGAGACUGCUCAGCUCUCUGGAGGGAGAAAGAGAGGGAGGGAGGAAAGGGGACAUCACAGACUGUCUCCAAAAUGUCUGCCCUCAAACCCUUAAAAUGUCGCUCUCCUUCCCCGCCUCCAAACAGCACUCGUUGUAAACCUUUGUUUGAUUGUUUUAAAGCAAAUGAUAACACUUGUCAUCGAGUCAACCUUUUUUUCUUCCUGUUUUUCCGCUUCUUUGUUUUUUCCAAUGACACAAAUAGUUUACUUUUGUAUGAAUAUAUUUUUUAAUCUCAACAUGUUUUUGUGGUGGGGAUAGACGAACAGAAGAAAAUUUGGACCUACCUCCCUCCAUUCUCUUCUCCUUCCUCUCUCCAUCAUGCCCGGUCUCACUGCUCUGCCUGGCAGCACAUACCCUCACAGAUCACAGCCACGAGUCCUGAAGGAGGGGUACCUUAUGUGUAUCCGGCCUAAACAUGUGAUCACUGGACAAAGAUGAACUUAAUCUCCUCCGCUCACCUGUUUACAGGACCAGUCAAACCUUUCCUAAUUUUAUAAUGUAUGUUUUAGUGUGGUAUGGUUGAAAGAUGUUGAAAAAUGUUGUAAGGAGGAACUCACAGAACUGUGGUGUAUUAGUGCUCUGGACCCCCCCCCCCCCCUUAUAGGGAACAGUGCUUUGAGACAGGGCAAGACUAGACGUCAGCAUCCGUCUGCCCCUUUUUGAAGUGGUCACAGGUGCGUUCGUUGUCUCCUUUCUGUAUUACCCCAAUCACGAUGAUCCUGCGCCAUACUUUGCUCUGCUCACUCUUUGACGUUUGACCUUUCUUCCACCACCACAAAUCUUUUUGUUCUUUUCCUUCCCCAGAAUGCGAAAAGCACUCUAAUAUUUAUAGGUAAAUAACGGUCUUUACCAAUUCAAAUGAGCUUCUGCUAAGACAUGAGGAAUGAUACUGACUCUGAUUAUAAAUAUAUGUGAAAGACUAGUGCAAUUGUGAAAUGUUCAAUGUAAUAUGACAAACUUUCUAUAUUGAAUGUACAUUUUAAAAGAAUCAGUCGCACUUGUAAAUACAAUUUUAGGAAAUAAAAAGGGAAUCCAGUGUU